UCCAAGAAAAGUACUUUAUUGCAUUGAAAGGAAAAAAUGUAUUAAAAACAGUAUCAAUGUGUUGUAUAUUGCCAGGACAAUUCACCAACUUGUGAAACAAAGUAUGAUUUAUACUCAUCACGAAUUGCUGCAAUAUUAUUUGGCGUUCGCUGGGACAACUGUUGCAGUUCCAUCAUUGAACCAGUGUUUCUCCAUUCUCCCGGUUGAACAAUACCAUCAGCAUCGACGUCCACUGAUCCCUUAGGGGCAUAAAGAGAUUUCUUCCAUCUCAUGAAAAAAUUGUGAAGUACGCAUAUGGCAGACACAAUCUUUAUGAUAUUUUCCGGUUUAUGCUCCAUUGUUGUCCGCAAAGCACGCCAACGCAUAGCAGCAAGCCCAAAUGCGUUUUCCGAAACACGACGAGCACGAGAGAGGCGGUAAUUAUAAACACGAUCAAUCAUGGAUAAAUUUCUAGUUGCUACGGGUUUCAUUAAACGGGUAGAAGCAGCAAAUGCAUCAUCUGCUACGAUACAGAAUGGAACUGGUAAUGCACGACCAGGCAAUACUCUAUCAGUUGGAAAGUUGUAAGGAUGAAAUUAUCGAGAUUCCUGACGUGUCAUCCACGCACAUUUCGAAUAUUAAUUCCUCUCCAUACACUCCAUCACCGAUAACACAUGCGUCUUCGUCCAGAGCAAGCAACAUUACGCCUACGGUUACAACUCAAAAGCGGAAAAGAAGUGCCAUUGACGAUGAACGGCGUCAAUGCUGGACAACGCUCAUGUAUGAAAUCUCGGGCAGCAAAUCUCGUUAUCAGCAAUUUGGCGAAUAUGUAGCGUCAUCGCUAGAUAUGAUGAAGCCAAAUAUAGCGGAGAGAACAAAACUGAACAUACAGUUAUACAUAGCUAAGUCAUUAGCAGAAUCGACCAGACUAAUGAUAGAAGCGAGUUCACACGAUGAUAAUGAGGAAACGGUAGAAGACAUGAUCUGCACGACAGAAUGGUUAGAUGAUGAAUGAUUUUUCCCCCAUUAUUUAAUUAUUCUUAAAGUGAAUUUUGUGGCGGUAGAUGACAGUGGAUGGAAUGCCCAGCACUACAGAGCGGCGGAAUACGACUGCUAGACGAUGAAUAAGUUUUUUUUUUAUUUUACCUUGUUCCUACGUAUCUAAUAAUUGUUAAAGAAAAUAUUGCUGGUAUGGCCCAGUUUUUUACUGUAUCAAGUGGCGACAGCAGUCACUGGGACUUCUGACAGGAAAGAGAGAACGGCUAAUAUGUCCACCUUAAAGCUCACCGUGAGAAUUUAAUUUUUGUUGAAACAAUCUUUUUUUUUGUUGUUAUUAUCAUUAUUGGCCCGAGACAGGCUCAUCUCGUACAUUGUUAAAACCUAUUAAAACUUGCUUUACA